AUGAUGAUGCUGUUGGAGAGGAAGGCGACGACGACAACGCGUGAUGAUGAUGAUGAUAUCAAAAACGCAGCAGCAGCAGAAGAAGUUUCCCGGGAAAAUUUUCAAAAUCACGAAGGAGAAGACGAAAAGAACACCACCACGCAGGAGAAGAAGUUAAAGAAGAAGAAGAAGAAGAAGCGCGAUGUUGAUGGGACGACGACGAUGCGAGAUGCAGAACAGGGAGACGAUGAUCAAUUCGUUCGCGGGGCGGAGGAGGAAAGAGUCGCCGCGAAGAGAAAGAGAAAGGAAGAAGGAGAAGUGGUGAUGAAAGGGUUGAGGGAAGGCUUCGGUGUGAAUACCACAGUCGCAACCGCCGAGACGACGACGACUCAGACGACGACGACGACGCGGGAACAAAGAGUAGAAGAAGAAAAAGAAGAAGAAGAAGAAGAAGAAGACGAACGGCAACCGAGAGAUCCUAUGACGAUUGAUUGCGUAGAUAUUGAACAUACUAGAGCAGAAGACGCACCACUCUCGUCGUCGUCGUCACCGCCGCCGUUAUUAUUGUUAGCAUCAUCGAAGAAAACGACUUCGGCAACGGUGAAACAACCGCGCGAGCGGUGGACGGACGCCGAGCACGCGCUGUUCACGGAUGGUUUGAAAAUGUACGGCCGAGCGUGGAAAAAGCUAGAAGAACGCGUGAGAACGAAAACAGUGGUGCAAAUUCGAUCGCACGCGCAAAAGUUUUUCGAUAAGUUGCAAAGAGGUGAAGGGAUGGAAGAGGAAUCGAAAGAGGAGAAGAAGGCGUUGUUGAAAGCGUGGGCGAGAAAGGUUGUCGGUGGAGGUGCUGGUGAGACCUCAGAUACUAAUACUGCUGGAGAUGUUCCUGCGUCUACUCCUACAACAAAGGCAACGAAGAAGAAAAGCGGUGCUCUUACCGCGGAAGAAGCACCGCCAUUAUCUCAAGUUGAAACUGCCGCGACGCGAAUGGAGGCGCCAACGAAAAGAGACGAGUUAAAUGAAAGCAUUCAAAAGGAUGUGAAAGAUCCGAUGACGACGCCGACACCGACAACGGAGAAAUUUGCAGCGGAGGUUGUUGACUACAAUAUCGACGGGAAUACUACGAGCAAUAGCAAUAAAAAGACGCGUCAAUCGAAGUCGCUCUCGUUGUUGUGCGAAAGGUUUCUCAGCUUGUACAGCUCUGGGUACGAGAAUUUGAUUUCGUUAGACGAAGUGUGCUCGACAUUAGGCGUCGAAAGACGUAGAAUUUACGACAUCGUAAACGUUUUAGAAGCUGUUGAAGUCGUAGUUAAAAAAGGCAAAAACCAAUACGCGUGGUUUGGCGUUUCCAGGCUCCCUAGCGCCAUUGAGAAGAUUGAAAAGUUUGGCGCUGAAUCUUUCGACAUCAAGUUACCGGAGAAGCUCUCGUUGCAAGUGUUUGAAAACUCACUUCCGUUUCAAUCGGGCGGUAAAGAUGCAAUUAAUGGUGUCAAGUCCGUAGCAAACGGUGAAGAAGAUCCUACUCUUCCUGCGAACAAAGCUAAAGCUACCGCCGCUGGAAAGAAGGAAACGUCCGAGAGAAGAGAGAAAUCGCUCAGUUUGAUGACGCAAAAGUUCAUUACGCUGUUCAUGGAAGCGGAAGAUGGCGUCUUGGGACUGGAGGACGCCGCCGCCGCGAUGUUGAUGAGUGAAGGCAGCACUGGUCCAAAAGCGACGAAAGACUUCAACGAUAACGAGUUGAAGAAGAAAAUCCGAAGAUUAUAUGACAUAGCGAAUAUCUUAUCGAGUUUGCGCUUACUAUCAAAGAUUCAUCUCAUGGACAGCAGAAAGCCAGCUUUCAGAUGGAUGCGCGCUGAGGAUACGAUAAGAAAACUGAUCGCGACUGGAAAGGAACACGAGUGGUUCGGCACUACUCCAAAGUCUCCAGAUGCGAGAGGUCAACUCGUGGUGAGUCCCGUGAAGGAAGGAGUGAGUGACGACGCUGCGAUAGGUGCGCUCACCACGGAUACCGUGCCGCGAUUACUCCCAUCGGCUAUAACGGCUUUAGGAAGAAAGGACCGACACGUCUUCGCCGCCCUGCAAACCAUGGAAAAACUCCUUCAAGCGCAAGCGGAAGAUUUGUCCGCGAAGAGUGCGGCUCAAUCCACGGUACCAGAUGGACAAAAGAAGAUACCGGAGAUGUUUCUAACAACAGCAAAUUUGUUCGGGGCUGGGGAGAGUUUUCAAUCGAAAACUGGCGAUGGUAUUUUCAAUCAAUACAUCAACAACUUUACGCAGAAUAUGCGAAAGUAA